UAUUGUACACCAUGGCCCAGAGUGCACUAGAAGCCUCCUUGCUGUGAAAGCACAGCACAGUUCAGAGACUCUCUCUCGGCCAGUAGAGAGACGCAUCUCAGCUCAGGGAGCUCGGCUGAAACCCACCACCACCGGCACCUGCGCUGCAAAGGUCCCCCAUCGCCUGGCAACAUGGAGGACAGCAAAUCACCUGAGAUAGUUGGGCCCCUGGAGAGGCGAGCGCGGCAGCGGCGGCGACCUUUAGAACAGGUCAAGUCCAAGCUGAGCCACAGCCUCAGCUGCUCCGUGCCCAGGCUGAAGGGCGCACUGACCGGCCUCUUCCCCGUGGUGCAGUGGCUGCCAAAAUACAAGCUGCGGGAGUAUGUGUGGGGCGACGUCAUGUCCGGCGUGAUCGUCGGCAUCAUCCUGGUGCCCCAGGCCAUCGCCUACUGCCUGCUGGCCGGCCUGGAGCCCAUCUAUGGCCUGUACACGUCCUUCUUCGCCAACAUCAUCUACUUCAUGAUGGGCACCUCCAGGCACGUGUCCGUCGGCAUCUUUAGCCUGAUGAGCCUAAUGGUCGGACAGGUGGUGGACAGGGAGGUGUACUUGGCUGGCUUCGAUCUGGAGGACACCAAACAGGCCCCUGGAGUUGUCCUAAAUGACACGGAGGAGUUCUUUGAGGACGCUGUGAAUGGCACUGUGAGACUGCUGGGCAUGGAUUGUGGGAAGGAGUGUUAUGCCAUUGGCAUUGCCACCGCACUAACGUUCCUUGCUGGAGUAUAUCAGGUGCUGAUGGCAGUGCUCAGGCUGGGGUUUGUGUCAGUCUAUCUCUCAGGGCCGAUGCUCGACGGCUUUGCCACCGGUGCCUCCUGUACGAUCCUCACCGUCCAGGCCAAAUAUCUCCUCGGCCUGAAGAUCCCCCGCCACCAAGGCUACGGCACCGUGGUGGUCACCUGGAUCAACAUCUUCAAGAACAUCCAGAACACCAACUUCUGCGACAUGAUCACCAGUGCCAUCUGCAUCAGCGUCCUGGUGGCCGGGAAAGAGCUCCAGGAGCGCUUCAAGGACCGCUUGAAGAUACCUCUUCCGACCGAGCUGGUGGUGGUCGCAGGUGCGACCCUAGCCUCCCAUUUUGGGGAGUUCAAUGGAGUAUAUAGCUCCAGCAUCUCCGGGUCCAUCCCCACGGGUUUCAUUCCUCCCAAGGUCCCGACGGUGGACAACAUGUCCCGGAUUAUGUUUGACGCAAUCCCUCUGGCGGUCAUCAGCUUCGCUUUCACAGUCUCCCUGUCGGAAAUGUUUGCCAAAAAGCAUGGCUACUCGGUCAGACCCAACCAGGAGAUGAUAGCCAUUGGGUGCUGCAACAUCAUCCCCUCCUUCUUCCAUUGCUUCACCACCAGCGCGGCCCUGGCCAAGACCAUGGUGAGGGACUCGACAGGGUGUCAAACGCAGGUCUCCAGUGUCGUGAGUGCCUUCGUGGUGCUCCUGGUGCUGCUGUUCUUCGCCCCGUUCUUCUACGCCUUGCAGAAGUGCGUCCUGGCCUGCAUCAUCAUUGUGAGCCUGAGGGGCGCGCUGCGCAAGUUCAGGGACCUGCCCAAUAUGUGGCGCAUCAGCCGGGUCGACGCCAUCGUGUGGACGGUCACCAUGGCCGGCACGCUACUCAUCAGUGUAGAGAUGGGCCUGGUGGUUGGCAUAGUUUUCUCCAUGAUGUGCGUGGUGGCACAAACGCAAAAUCCCAAAGUGUCUUUACUCGGUCAGGUUGAUGACUCUAGCCACUACGAGGACACGGAAGAAUACCACAACAUACAGACCAUCCCUGACAUCAAGAUUUUCCGCUUUCAGUCGCCACUGUACUAUGCCAACAAGCAUGUCUUUUUGAAGUCUUUGUAUAAAGCCAUUGGACUCGAACCGUUCCUUGAAAUGACCAGGAGGAAGAAAGAGGCCAAGAAGGCCAAGAAGGAGUUGGCCGCAAAGCAGAGCCAGAAAACGGACCAAACUAACGGGGAAGUCAGCGUUGGCCUCAUCCACGAUGACCUUGAAUUCCACACCAUCAUCUUGGAUUGCUCAUACAUGCCCUUCAUUGAUUCCACAGGGAUGAGUACAUUCAAAAAUGUGCUGAAGGACUACAAGGAGGUCGGGAUCACUGUUGUCCUGGCUUGCUGCAACACCUCCGUCAUAGACUCGCUGAGUCGAGGAGCCUUCUUCGGGCCAGCUGACAAGGACAUGCCAAGCUUGCUGUUUCACACAGUCCACAGUGCCGUGGUGUCUGCCAAUGGUAGGCCUACAUCAACGGCAUCAGCAGCAGGCGCUGCAGCAGAGCCAGAAGUGACCAAUUCAUCUGUAUAAGUAACGGGAGUUGCACCAAGUGUGUGGUUUCCAUUUUAUUGAGGAAGCUAAGGGAAACAUGCAGAGUGCAUCUUAAUAUGCGUCCUUGCCUCCUCCACUUGCGCUUGUCUCCUCGUCCCGCCUCCUGGCCCCUCCUCCGUGGAGAAAACGAUAAAGUUUCCCAGCUGUCAGCCUAGCCACAACAACUUUUGAGGGACUGUUUUUCAUUCACCAUCCCAAUUGCAAAUGAGAAAAAGACUCUACAGUUGAGCUUUUGCAAGAUAUUGAAAUAUAAUGCUGUUGUCAGUGAUGUCAUCAUGACGAGAAGCGAGUGGAGGAGGCAAGUGGAGGAGGCAAGGUCCCAUAUUAAGAUGCACUCACAGGGUACUUUCCAAUAUCCUGACUCCCGUACUCAACCUGUGCUUGUGGCCUCGCGCUUGACGUGACACCCCACCUCCGUGGAGGACACAAUCAAGUUUUCCCCGCUCUCAAGCUAGCCACAACAACUUUUGGGGGACUUUUCCUAUUUUACAACAUCCUGAAUGCAAAUGAGAAAAUUACCUUUCAAUUGUGCUUGUUGAAUUAGACUUCUGUCGUCAAUGACGUCUUAUAACAUCAUCACGAGGCCACAAGCACUUGGGGAGGACAGGAGUUAGGAUAUUGGGAAGAGGCCACAGAGGCUAGCUGGGAUCAUGCUGAUAAAUGUUCCAUCACGUUCCCUCUCAAUAGGUUGGCCUUCCCCUUGCCAUACUUUAUUUUUGCAUACCCUUGCAAAGUAUUCAGUGAGAGAAGAAUGCACACUUUUCAGGGAACACACAAAAAAGAGAAAACGCAAAAGUGAGGUUCAAAAAUAUUUACCUACAUGAUCUCAGUUGAGUGCUGUACCAACAUGAUGCCAAUACGUGUCCCCAAUUUAUCUGUGAAAGGGAAGAUAUUUAUGUGAAAGAAUCUUAAAAACAAUGAAGCUUUAAUAACUACUUGACUUAAAUGUGACAUUCCUAAUGGACGUAAUGCAUAUAUUUUUUGUUUAUUGUUUUUUUUUAAAUAUAUAUAAUUUAUUGCACUGAUUUUUUUGUUAUGAAAUGAAGCUUAAAAAAUAUUGGAACAACUGACAUGUUCAUGUCAUUCAUGAUGGCUUGUUCCCUAUGAAUUUGGUGAUUAUAAUUAUUGUCUUUUACAAAUAUAGCAACAAUCAUGUUGUGAAGCCAGAAAUGUAUUAAAAGCACAUGUUUUGAUAUCUUUUGGUGCUAUCCUACAAAAUAGCUUGUAAAUAAACAAAUGUUUGCCAA